CACGUCCACAGUGUAAAACGCCUAAGGAAAGCGGUGUAUAGAAUGCGAAUGAUAUAUGUAGAUUUAGGCGGGAACGGUGGAUGGAAAAUGAUAGAAACGGUCUGAAGGAGUCCCAAUACUAUAAGAGGAUAUACGGUGGAUUUCUUCGUGCAAUAUCAUCAGGAACCAAGAUGGCGAAAGGGAUUUUCGUCCUAAUAUGCUGCUGUCUUGGUGCAGUUCAAGUAAUGGCACAAACUCAGCGGUAUUUUUAUCCUUUCGGAGAAGGAAAUCGUGAUGAUUAUUUGAGACAGAGCAAUGAUGUUGCCUCGCCAGCCAUUGAACUCAGGUGGGGCAUACCAUUCUACAACGAGAAGUACUGGAAAAUGUUUGUAAACGACAAUGGAGUGCUUUCUUUUGACAAUCAAUACACGAAAUACGAUGAGGCGCAGCCCGUAUUCCCCAUAGGACCAGAUAUGGAGGAAACGACGGACAGAGAGAGGAUACUAAUAGCUCCGUUUUGGGGAAAUGUUGAUAUGACAACGCGUGGGUAUGUUUACUUCCGACAAAGCACUGAACAAGAACUCCUGGACAGAGCUGCGGGGGAAAUACACACGGCAUUCGUGGAAUGGGAUGAUUUUCAGCCUAAAGUCCUCGUCAUAGCGACCUGGGUGGAGGUCGGAUUCUACGGCAUUGCUGACGGAUUUAAUUUGAGGAACUCGUUUCAAUGUAUCAUCGCAAGUGAUGAAUUCGAGACGUUUGCUAUCUUUAUCUACGAUCAAAUAGACUGGACCUCAGGUACUGAGAGUAAUGGAGGUCCAACAACAGGUAUCGGUGGUACACCAGCACAGGUCGGUUUCAACGCUGGUGACGGUUCGAAGUCGUUCUCUCACCAAUACUCCCGUGACAACACCUUCUUGAAAAACCUCGUCACCGAAUCCAACAUCGAGAUCCCCGGAUUGUGGGUCUAUUACAUAAGUUCAGUGAGCGUCGACAUCGGCGGUUGCACAACGGCUGGUGAGGUGAAGACAUUCCCACGCUUCGACUCUAUGCUUGGCCACCAGUUCCUUUACAUCCAAGGACCAUGCUUCACCCUCGAAGACGACAUCUGGCUCCAGUUUGGUCCUCAGGAAGACCCCAUCGCUCUCACUAACUGUACCUGGAUGAGUUCACAGCGAGCUUGGUGCGUCGUACCUACGUUCUUUCAAGUGGGCCGCAUCGAGACGCGCGUGUCGAACAACGAUGCUAUUACGUUCCCGUACACCGGGGUGUUUGAUAUAGUUGACAUUGGAGAUGUCCCGGCUGGUAUAAAGAGAAUAAAUCCUCAUAGCGAAUCCUGGAUGCUGGCUGACCGUAAGGUAGCAAUUGAAUGGGACCCAAGCUUAAUCAACUACACGCAGAUCAAUAUUGAUUUACUAACGUAUAGUGAAACGGAUGGCGUACCGAGCUGGGAAGAAACUGAGGACAUUGAACAUGACGCCCCAAAUACUGGACGUUAUGAGUGGAUCCCCGAACCUGUCGGGAGUAUCACGCCAGAAAAUGCUGUUGGUGUGAUCAGAAUUACCCGGCGAUACAAAAGAUCCCUGUUCGCUAUAUGGAGUGAUGUUCACUGGCUUGGUUAUAUGAUGAAUGAUAAAUAUCAGCGGAAUCCUGGAGCCUACUCUAAUUUACAAUGCGAGAUAUGGAAUGAAAAGAUGGACAACGAACCGGUUUGGAAUUAUGAUCAGGAUUUGAAUCCAUGUCCGUGCGACCUGAGCCAGGCGCUGGCGGACCGCGCCCGUUUCCGUCCGCUGGAUUUCUGCGAUAUGUCGACAGCGGGUUUCGAUGACGAUGAAGAUUAUUGUUUCCUACGGGAGGGCAUCAAGCAUUGCGUCAUCAACAUCAUUAACAGCCCCCAGAAUGCUGAUUCUGUCUGUUGCUAUGACUACGAGGAAAAUUUGGUUUAUGCGGGCGACAGUUUUUCGGGCAGUUUCUCCCACCGCGUGACUGUGAACGGAGUGCCGCCCUACAAUGCCCCCAAGGCUGUCCCGGUGCUUUCUACUUGGAUAAACGAUAUCAUUCCAUACUACACAUGUUGUGUCUGGGGUGAUCUUUGUGAGUAUUACCAGUAUCACCGCCCCACCAGGGACUGCAGAUGGUACGAUGCCCCUAGAAUGGCCGUUGUAUUUGGAGACCCGCACUUUGUGACAUUUGAUGGCGUUGAGUACAGUUUCAAUGGGAAAGGCGAGUGGACGCUCAUGCGAUCCACGACCGGGGCUCAGAACCGGUUUACACUGCAAGGAAGAACCGAACAGAUGCUGGAUUGGCAAGGAAAUAUUGUUCAGGCUACACGUGUCACCUCCGUAGCGAUGAAAGAGGAAGACAGAGAGAACAUUGAGAUUCAACAUAGUUCAAAGACCAUUCUUCAGGUUGUCUACCAAGGACAGUACCUCAAGAUUGACACACAGACCAGGCUUGCUUUAGAUGGUUUCUACCUCUCGUUCCCGAAGAUUUACGAAGGAGGUAACGUGACCCAGGUCAUCGUCACGUUCCAAGAUUCUGAGAUCGGUAUCGUCAUCAACGGCACCGCCGAAGGGAUGUUCAUCCAGGUCGUCAUCCCCGACGAAUUCAAGGGUUACGUCGAGGGGCUGAUGGGUAACUGGGAUGAGGUACCAGACAAUGACUUGACCUCCAAUGGUGGGACAUCGGUUGACCCGAACGCAACGGCGGAAGUCAUCUACAACCAAUUCGCAAAGUCAUGGGAGAUCAACCCGGCAGAAAGUCUCUUCCUGUAUGAUCAAGGAAAGAACCACGAUUUCUUCCAGGACAACGACUUCGUACCCGCCUUCAAUCCUCCUGACGGAAACCUUCCCACGUACCUCGACACCCAGGUCAUUGUCGACACGUGCGACGGAAAUACGUACUGCAUCUAUGACAUCCAGUCCACCGGUUUCCUUCAACUUGGCAAGGCUACGAAGAAGGCAUACGAUGACUACAAACAAGCGCAGAGGGCGCUGCGUGAUGUGGUGACUUGCCAGUACAUCAGGACACCGAAGAACGGUACCAAGACAUUCCUGAGAGAGAGAAAUCACAAGGUCGGGUCCGAGCUCGAGUUCCGGUGCGACGAUGACUUCAUACCUAUCGGUCCCGAGUACCGUGUGUGCCAACCGAGCGGUGAUUGGAGCGGAGGAGCACAGGAAGAUGACAUCGUCAAUGAAUGUCUAGAGAGUCUAUUAUGUGGAGGAUUGGAGACACCCAUACAUGGUUCCAUCUCGGCCGUAGAUGCCGCUCCCGAGCGCAUCGAGGUCUCGUACAGUUGUGACAUCGGUUACGAACGCUACGGAAACCAGUACCGCCAUUGCCGCCAAGAGUUUGAACACUGGAGCGGCUACAAACCCGGCUGCUACCAACAACUCAACCCGCUGGAGUUGGCUAUGGCCAUCGUUGGUGGAGUGGUAGGCGCAGUACUCAUCGUUGCAGCCGCUAUCUUCAUCUUCGUUUGGGCAGCCAGGAAGGAUAGGAAAGAUGACAGACUCAAGAGAGAAAAAGAAAUGUUUUCGGAUAUCGAAAUGAAAACCACGCCUCAGACCCAGUCAGGCUAUCACCGCGGGCCACCACCCGUAGAGAAAUCAGGUCUGCAGUAUGGUGCAGGGACCAGCCGUGAUCCUUCCCCUUACCGGGCCACUCCAGACCCCAGUCAGUACCGCCCAGUAGCCCAACACCAGGCCCCAUAUCCUCCUGCUGGUGGCCACCCAGCUCACCCACCGGCCAACUACCCGCCGCCCGCCCCGCUCACUCUGCAAGCAGAGGUGGAGCAGGAGAACAAGGGUUAUGCAUCCGAGACUUGGGCUUAAACGUGAUGACAAACCCAUAGGAGAGGGCGCUCUUACCUAGAUUGUUGGCCAAAUGUUGAUUUUGUUUUCCCACUAUGGCCCAAAGUUGGGGAAUAGUCGUUCCUUCCACUGUUUUGAUACAGUUUACUUCGGAAAAAAUAACUGUAUUUUAAGGAGUUAAUAUUUUUCCUAAUUUUAGAGAGUUAUUUAAUAACACCAUGCACCACUCAUUUCAUUCACCAAAUUGGGCAGAGGUGGAAAUUCGAUAUUGCUCUUCAAACUAAUUUUUUUUUAAUAAGUGUUUUAUAAAACGAAUUUUGUUGUAUAUGUAGAUUGUACACUUUUAUUUCAUGUUGCGUUUACACCAUAGAUUUAUAUACAAAAUAUUCCGAUUGAAAAAAUAUUUGUUUCAGUCGCUUUCCAACAUUCAUUAGAAGGAAAGCCAAGAGAUGAGGCCUUAUAAAACCGAACCUUGAACUUUCAAUGAACGAUGAUUUAUUUGAAAAUCGAUGCAACAUAUAUAGUAUCCAUCCACUAAAUCAUGUCUUUCGAAGUGAUUUUUCAAGAGCAAAAUGAAUUCUAAGAGAUGCCUG